UUUCUUUAAAUUAGGUAUUGUUUGGACUUUCGCCUUUUUGAGGUUCGGACCAGAUAGUUCGAGUUUAAAUCAAAACAAUCAGCAUAUUUUAACUCGUUUUGAUGAAAGAUUGUACAAAAUUGGUCACUCUUCGAUUUGUUUAAAUAAAAUUUGCGAGAUCAUGGGUGACGACGAUAUGAGAACUAUUUGGUGUGGGGGUCUACACGAAAAAGUUACAGAGGAUAUACUUUAUGAAUUAUUUAUGCAGGGUGGUCCUGUGGAAAAAGUAAGUAUCCCGAAAGAUCGAGAUGGUAAACAAAAGAAUUUUGGAUUUGUGACGUUCAAGCACUUAUCUUCGGUGCCAUAUGUAUUAGAUCUAUUUGAUGGAACUUCUUUGUUUAGUCGGACGUUGAAUAUGAAAUCUCGAAAUAAUUCUAUAGAAAAUUCUAAUUUUAACAGACAGUCGCAGCACAGUGCAAAUUUGAAUUUUAUGUAUCAAACUAACGCAAUGGAACAUAAGGCAUCUAAAAUUCAAAGUGAGAUGGAAUUAAGCCAACAAAUUUUGAUAGGUAACAUGGCACCUACAGCAUUCGCACCAAACAAUGUAUUUAUGUUACCUGGUAUGAUGAACUAUCCCAGUCAAAAUUCUCUUCAAGGUUCAAAAAAUUCCUCAGAUUAUAAUCGAGGAAACAGAUAUCAAAAUCGCAAUCAUCCGUAUCGUGAUCGUGAUUAUUAUGACAAUCGACAACAUAAUCGAGACAAUAAACCAUAUAAUAAACAUUCAUCUCAUCGAUCAUACCGCCAUGACAACAGACGAAAGUAUUACUGAAAUCAAGUUUCCUUUUCUUGAUUAAUAAGAUUUGAUACACUUUAGUAAAAAGAUUGAUGUAAUAUGCGUGAAAGACUUUUUCUUAAUUAUAUCUGUAAAUUACUAUUGAACUUCAAAAAAGUACAUACAAAUGUGUACACAUAUGUAGAUAUAAAUAUAUAUUUAUAUCUUAUCUUUAUUUUGAAUAGUCUAGAAAUUAUUUUUUUUACACAAUACAUUAAAAGUAUACCAUAAUUCAUGAUUCUAUUUCUUGCUAUAUUUCAAUGUGUAAUAUUGCUAUUCUAUCAAUGCUUUUUACAAAUUUGUGUAUAAAAAAUUUAAUAUGUAAGAAGACAGGAAGAUUGUUUUAUCUUCAGCAAUGGAAAAAUUUAAGGAAUUCUUUAUUCAUUCCCUAAUUAAUUUAUAAUACAUUUAUUUUUUCGCACUAAAUAGCUUAUGAUAAAAUUUGUUUGAUUUAUUCAACUCCAUUGCAGAUUCAAAUAGUUAACGUGUAAUAUUUAAUGCAUAAUUUUUUUUAUUCGAUAGAAAAGUGAAGAUAAGUUAAUAGUUUACUUAGAUUGUAAUUUUUUGUUACAAAUAUUUUAAAAAAGUACGAUCAACUUAUCAAUUAGCAGGAUUGUAAUAUGAUAAUGUAACAUGCAUUAAUGCAAAUGAUUUACGUUAUUUCUAUUAAUACUGCUAGAGUUAUAAAUAUUUUUGUGUACAUACAUUACGUAUAAUUAAACUUUUUUCCUAUGCCUACAUAGACUAAUCAUUUUGACAACAUUCCUUAGAGUUGGUUGAGCUAGUUUUUUUAAUUGUGACCUUUCAAGUCAUUUUUACUAUCAUAAGCAAAAAAUUUUUCAUAGUGGAAUGGCUUUUCAAGUAACUUGAUAAUUAUAAAUUUGAGACGACAUUAAAAGCUAAAAAAUUUUUUGGUAUUCAAAGCAGUCAUUUGAUUUUACUUGUUAUGAAACAUGUCAUACAUAGAAGUUACAUAAAGUUCUUUCAUUAUACUAUUUCUCAGUGAC